AUGUCACUACUGGGGGUCUUGUGCUGUCUGGGACUGCUGCUGUCUCCGUCCUCUGCAUUCACGAUUAGGCGGAUGUCAAAGGAGAAAUCCUUUGCCAUUGAUGCUGAUGAGGUGAUACGGCGAGACAUCCCCUUCGUCAACUCAGGAUUGAAGACCCCUGUUGUCGAGGGCGACAUUGCAUUGAAUCCUGGGCGCAAUGCCCUUGUGGAUCCAGCCUUCAGGUGGAAAUUCCCCAUCCCUUACAUACUGGCUGACAGCCUUGACCUGAAUGCCAAGGGGGUCAUUUUCCAGGCCUUUGAGAUGUACCGGCUGAAAUCCUGUGUGGAUUUCAAACCCUAUGAAGGAGAGAAGAGCUUUAUCAAAUUUGAAAAGCUAGAUGGGUGCUGGUCUAUGGUCGGCGACCUACAGACAGGGCAACAGCUGUCAUUGGGCCCAUCCUGUGACUACAAAGGCACCAUAAUGCAUGAGCUCCUCCACGCCCUGGGCUUUUACCACGAACAGUCUCGCACCGACCGAGAUGACUAUGUGGACAUCUGGUGGGACCAGGUCCUGCCUGGUAUGGACCACAAUUUUGAUAAAUACGCUGAUAAUUUCAUCACCGACCAGAACACGCCAUACGACUACGAGUCUAUCAUGCAUUACGGUCCAUAUUCCUUUAACAAAGACCCACGGUACCCAACCAUCACAGCCAAGGACCCAGAGAUGACCAAAGUGCUGGGCCAGUACAAUGACUUCAGCAGCCUGGAUCUACUGAGGCUCAACAGGAUGUAUAACUGCUCCUCCUCUCUGACGUUGUUGGACCAGUGUGCCUUUGAGACCGUCAACACCUGUGGGAUGAUCCAGAACCGUAACGAUGAUGGUGACUGGGUACGCAUCAUGAGCCAGCCAGGGUCUCAUGACCACACUCUCAUUGGCCAGUGCAAAGACGCAGGGUUCUUCAUGAACUUUUACACCGACACCGGCCGGGCAGGCGACUCAGCCUUUCUGGAAUCCAGGGUCCUGCACCCCAAGAGGAAUCUGCAGUGUUUGCAGUUCUUCUACAAGAUGACAGGAAGCUCCAAGGACAAGCUGGUGGUCUGGACCAGGAAGGAGGAUGCUAAGGGCAAAGUCUUAUCCCCUACUGCAGCUGGGAAUUUCAUAGGUGAUGACGACCACUCCUGGAAGAUUGCCCACGUUCCUUUGACGAUGGACUCCAAGUUCCGCUAUGCCUUCCAGGGGAUCAGGGGCGACCCAGCCAACUCCUUGGGGGGGAUCCAGGUGGAUGACAUCACCCUAGCGGAGACACGCUGCCCCAGUGGAACAUGGCGUAUCAAGAACUUCAGCAAGUACAUGAAGAGUUACGCCACAGGAGAGUACAUCCAGAGCCCACGUUUCUACAGCCCCGAGGGCUACGCCUUCGGCAUCCAGCUGCUACCCAACUCCUACUACAAUGGGUACAUUGGGGCCUUCUUCCACCUGAGCACCGGGGAGAACGACCAGGCCCUGGAGUGGCCGGCAGGGAACAGACAGGUCACCAUCACACUGCUGGACCAGGACUCUGAUGUCAGGCAUCGGCAGUCCUUCUCCUACAGCUUCACUACCAGUCCCACUCAUCUCAUCCCAGUGCUGGGCUCAGGUGUCGUAGAGUCUAAAGCAGAGAUAGAGAAAGAGAGAGAGAUGGUGACAAAUUUAUGA